AGCAGUUUGACAAUUACUAUUUCUAUCUGUCUCACAAUAAGUAUUGACACCGUAUGCGACUGUACCCUACUGUACUAACUAUUAACUAUUAACAACUAAUAUGACUGACUGAGUACAGUAACGUGUAGUAGUCUUUGGACUUACUCGUCGUCAACCUAACCUAUUUUAUUAUAUUAUUACUUUAUAAACCUACUAACAUUAUAUUUAUAAUAUCAAUGAUAAAACAGAGUAAAAUAGAAAAUACUUUAUAUCGUGAUACGUGAUGGCUUCAAUAAUGCCGCAUUUUCGUGGAAAUAUUUAUCGUUUUAUUAAUGAUACACUACUAUUACAAUACUUGGUAAUUUUAUUUGGAGUAUUUAAUUUAUCAUUGUGUCUUUAUGAGGAUCAAGUUGGAAAAUUUGACUGGAGACAAAAUUACGUUGGAAAAAUCAAAUUUUCUAGUUUUGAUACCGUUUCAGCAGCGGCAAAAUUAAUUGUUGCUACUGAAGAAAAUGUUGUUGCUGCUUUGAAUUUAAAAUCAGGUCAAAUAUUAUGGAGAAGAGUUCUAGAACGCGGGUAUGCUGGUAAAAUUCAUGCAUUAGGUGGAAUAUCUGAUGGUGAUUUAAUAUCUGUUAGCGGCGGAGUGCCUGCUAUCGUACGUGUUUGGGAUUUAGCUACCGGACACAUACUCAAUGAGUGGCCAUUAGCUGAACAAAAUCCUGAAAGACUAGAUACUCCAUUCAUAUCAUUUUCUACAUUUGGAUUGUACUCUAUUGAAAGAUUAGAAGAUGUCAAAUGGCACUUGAAAGAUGGCACAUUACAUCACAUUCUACCAAUUUAUAGCAGCGGUAUUGAAGUUACUUCGUACGACAGUAAGACUGGUGAAAAAUUAGACACACGAAAAGUUUCAGCUCCAUUUAUAACGCCUGAGACUGAAUGUGUUUUAGCAGCACCUUAUUUAGCGUGUCUCAAAGGCAAUUCCUUUGAUGAUUCACUAGCCAUACUAUUUCUAGUCCACUUAUUUGAUAAUAAUUCACAACCACAGACUAUAACAAUAAACAAUAUAUUUGGUGCUGGUGCAAAAGGUCCGUUUCAUGUUGAAUCGAUACCUGGUGAUGAGUCAGUGCUGACAAUAAUUGCUAAUGGUGAUAAUAGACAACGUAUAUUAAUACCUGGUAAUGUGGCAAAUACUAUUUCGAGAGAUAUUGAUGCUAACGCAAAUCUUUACGUUACAACUAUUGACAGUGAAAAAGUUUUACUCGAGACAACGUAUAAAAAUGGGGUAACAGAAAUAAAAGCUAUUAAUUUAAUGACAUCAGAACCUUUACCCGAGUUCACCGUAUCUACAUCCCACGGAUCUCUAUUCUCACCAACUAUAAAAGCGUCUGUUUGCCCGAAAUUAAGCAAAGGAAUAAUGUGUAGGCAUUUAUUGUCAUCUGAAGAUCACAGUGUUGCAUUAUUGCAGCAUAAUAAAUUAAUAUGGUCACGUGAAGAAGCUUUAGCUAGUAUAAUUACAGUGGAAAUAGUCGAAUUACCAAUGUCUGAUCGUGACCAGACGCUUGAAACUGAGUUCGAUCAAAAAGACAGUAUCGAUAUAGGCGGUUCAUGGGAUAUUGUUGGAAUGUUUUUACGAAGAUUGACAGCUCAAAUGAAUCAAGUAAGAUCAUUAUUCCAAACAACUUUUGACAUUAAUUUACCGCAGUCAAAUCAACGAGCUGAUCUUGUCAGAGAUAAAUUUGGAUUGCAUAAAAUGAUUGUUGUUGUAACGUCUGCUGGAAAGUUGUUUGGAAUUGAAUCAAAGAAAGGUGAAAUAAUAUGGCAAUCACGAGUUAAUAAUAUUGCUAGUCUUAAAAGUGAUUCGAAUACUAUGCUCCUACAUGUCCAGCGAGGCAGCCGUCAUUUCCCACACCCUCCACAAUGUGCAUUGUUAGCUUUAGAUAAGAAAUCGGGAGAAGGUGUAAUUUAUGCAUUUAACCCGAUAACCGGUCAUCCACUUGAUGGCUUAGUAAAAUUAGGAUAUAAAUUAAAACAGUCAAUGUUAUUACAAAUAACAACUGAAGAUUUUCUUCGUCCGAUAUUACUUCUCGAUACACGUGAUAAAGUUCACGUUUAUCCAGAAAAUGCAACGGCUGUGGCAGCUUCUGUCAGUAAAAAUACAUACUUAUUUACGGGUGAUCAAGAGACUGGUGUAUUGUCAGGAUAUUCUCUAGCAUACAGUACUUCAAAGGAAUUAAUUGCUCACAAGGUAUGGGAAUUAAUACUGUCACCAAAAAAUCAAAAAAUAACUCAUAUUGUGUCAAAAAAUUCUCUUGGGCACGUGCAUUCACAAGGUCGUGUUUUAGGAGAUCGAUCAGUACUGUACAAGUAUAUUAAUCCCAAUUUGGUAGCUAUUUUAACUCAAGGUGUUGGUAAUACACACAAAAAUACACUUAAUUUAUAUCUACUGGAUGUCGUAUCGGGUUCAAUGAUAUUUUCAAUUGUACAUAAAAGAGUACGUGGACCAUUUCACAUUGUACAUUCUGAGAACUGGUUAAUUUAUAGUUAUUAUAAUGAUAAGAGUCGUAGGACUGAAAUCGCAACAGUAGAACUUUACGAAGGUAACGUUCAAAGCAAUACCACAGUGUUUUCUUCGUUGACUACAACGCGAUUACCUUUAGUCGAAAGACAAGCAUUUAUAUUCCCUGCAACUAUUGAAUCAAUGCAGGAAACAAUUACUGAGAAAGGAAUUACUAGUAAACAUAUAUUAGUAUCUCUUGCGAAUGGUGGAAUUUUGGAGUUACCGUGGAUGUUGGUUGAUCCAAGACGGCCUAUUAAUCCCGAAUUAAGGGAAGAAGGUGUAAUACCUUAUAUGCCAGAGAUACCGAUCCAAAUGGAUGCCAUUAUUAAUUAUAACCAAAGUGUAUUUAGGGUAUCAGGAAUUUAUACAAGCCCCAGUGGCCUUGAAAGUACUUGUCUAGUGUUUGCUCACGGUAUUGAUUUGUUUUAUACACGUGUGGCGCCAUCAAAAACAUUUGACGUUUUGAAAGAAGACUUUGAUUACUAUCUCAUCGUCUUAGUCCUCGCGGGACUUUUAGUAGCAUCUUAUAUAACUAAAAAAUUGGCAUCACAAAAAGCACAGAAGCAAGCGUGGAAAUGAUGUCGUCACUUUACUACCACUAAAAAUAUAAUAAAUUAAAAAUAACAAGAAAAAAAAAUUAUUUCAAUCACUAUUUCUUUUAUCAUUCGUCUUUAUUCACAAAUUAGGUAAUUCUUAUAAAUAUUUAAAUACAACGUCAUGAUAAUGAAUCAUGAUGAUAGUAAUUUAUAAACUAGCCCCUUUUUGUAAAUGGCUCGUAUGUAAAGUAAAUUAUAAAAAAUACGUAAUGUAUGUUAGCAAAAAAAAAAAAAAAGAAAACAAA